UGUUUUGCUCUUGUGUUUGUUGAUUUGAUCUUGAAGAUAUAUCCUUACAAGCAGGCAAGGAGUACUUGGAUCACCACACCAGCUGUUGAAGAUGUUGAUUCUCAGUGCUGUGCUUCUAACCAUCACACAUUUCCAGUUGAGCUAUGCUGCUGAUGCGUCGGCUGUGUCAAACACGGACACCAGCGAGUUUGGAGCAUAUGUCAAUCCAAGCCCAAAGAACAUCUGUGACGGCGAGGAGUUUGAGAUGUUGACCUUCUGUGCCAGUGAGGUGCUUUCCAGAUUGGAUGAGUGCAAACCUGAUGAUUUAGCGUGCGAGUGCUGUGCCUUACAGAGCAUGAAGCGUGAUUGUCAUGGCCUAUGUCCAAAUACUCCCAGUGGUAACUUCUUAGCUGUGUUGUACGACGACUGUGAAACGAUGAACGAUGUCAAUGCAUGUAAUCUUCCUUUUAAGAAGCACGAUGCCCAGGUGGCAAAGUUCUUGAGACCAAAUGCCCGUAUCCCAGUUGAGGAGAAGGAGCCUGACUUCAUCUUGCAGUCAGUGUUGGUGAACACGUCUAAUGAGACGGCCCUGGUGAUUGAAGACACUGUUGAUGAGCCAAUAGAUCUGGUUGUACAGUUGAAUGAGACUGUGGAGAACAUCACCGUGUAUUCAAACUCCACCCAGAGUGCUGGAGAGGAUGAGAGUGCGGCUUCAAAGAUCACCGUGCUUUACUCUGAGAACGCCAUACUCCUCGCAUUCUUCUGUCUAGGAGUCUCCAUUUGCUACAUGUCCUUCUAGUUCUAUCUACAAUCGACGAGACUUGGCUCCAUUCCCUUUAACCAUUUGCAUCCAUAU